AGGCCGGCGCCAUGUUGGGGCGGUUUGAAAGCGAGCGCGGGUGUAGAGCUGCGCUGUGACGGCAGAGGAAGCUACGAUUGAGCCGAGCCUGAGGCGGGGAGGUGUCUCGCUUCGAGUAACAGGCCUGGGCUUGCGGCGGAGAGCUGUGGAAGUGUAGUUGAAAUUUCUUGUCAAGUUUAACAUUCUGUUCUGCGUGAUGAAUUUUCUUUUGGAGAUUCGAACUGAAGCCUAUACAGAGGAAAUGUUAUUUUUAAGGGAAAUGAAUAGAAAUAAUCCACUUUGAAGAAGCCAUGGCAAAAUCAAAGACAAAACAUAGAUUUUGUUCUUGGGAAUCUUCAGUAUCUUCGCUGCUGGCGAGCUGCAGCCUGAGUGGUAGUAAUUCCUCUAAUUCUGAUGGCUCUUUUCAGUAUAAAGAUAAGCUCUACAGAUCUGCUUCUCAAGCUCUACAGGCUUAUAUUGAUGAUUUUGAUUUAAGCCAAAUGUAUCCUGGUGCAAGCACUGGAAAAAUUAACAUUGAUGAGGGUUUUACUAAUAUGCCACAGUUCUGCAACUAUAGUUACAAAACAAACAAUGCUUUUGAAAACCUUGAUCGCAAAAAGCACUCAAACUUCAUAUCCUAUAAAAGACAGACUACUAAUGACAUAGAUUCUAUGAGCCUAACAACUGAUGAUCUAUUAAGACUCCCAGCAGAUGGAUCAUUUUCUUUGACUUAUGUUGGACCAAGUCACCGAACGAGGAAGAAAAACAAGAAAUGCCAUAGAAGACUGGGUUCAUUGGACACUGAAAAGAAUCCAAAUUUUCAAGGACCCUCCACUCCUGUGGACAAAGAUAACUUAGUUACUCCUGUUUUACGCACAAAUACAAAUGGAAAGCAAUGUGGUAGGCUGAAAAACCCGAAACUUAUCAAUAGGACUAAUAAUUGCAAGAAAUCGUCUUUCAAGGACAGUUCAGAACACAGACUUGAAAAGAAUUAUCCAAGAUGGCUCACUAGCCAGAAAUCUGACCUUAAUGUUUCAGGGAUAACUAGUAUACCUGAUUUCAAAUACCCGGUUUGGCUCCACAAUCAAGAUCUGCUACCUGAUGCAAAUAGUCAAAGGGUUUAUAAAAUAUUUAAAGAUGAUCAGUGUCCCCCUAGACAUAGUCAUCAGGCACAAGGAACUUCUCAGCUUGUUAAUAAAUUAGAUUGUUUUGAAUAUUCUCUUGAACCCUCAAAGUUUUCAAAUUCAUUGAGUGAUGAUAAAGAAUUAGUUAAUGAAUGCAAAUGUGAUUUUGAAUAUAGCCAGUGUCAAUGUGAGAAUCCGCUUCUCCCAGGACAAUCCACACAACCGUUCAGUGGUGACAAAAUUGAAUUGCUUAUCUUGAAGGCCAAGAGAAAUCUAGAGCAGUGUACUAAAGAAUUACCAAAGUCUAUGAAAAAGGAUGACAGUCCUUGCUCAUUAGAUAAACUUGAAGCAGAAAGAUCAUGGGAAAAUAUUCCUGUUACUUUCAAAUCUCCUGUUCCUGUUAACUCUGAUGAUGGUCCUCAACAAACUUCAAGGGCAGAGAGUACUAAAGGAGUUCUUGAAGACUUUCUAAAUAAUGAUAAUCAGAGCUGUACUCUUUCUGGAGGCAAACAUCAUGGUCCUGUUGAAGCCCUGAAACAAAUGUUAUUUAAUCUUCAAGCAGUACAAGAAAGUUUUAAUCAAAAUAAGACCACAGAGCCAAAACAAGAGAUUAAACAAGUUUCAGAAGAUGAUUUCUCUAAAUUACAGUUGAAGGAAAGUAUGAUUCCUAUUACUAGGUCACUUCAGAAGGCUUUGCACCAUUUAUCUCGCCUGAGAGACCUGGUUGAUGAUGCCAAUGGAAAAGAGUCACCAAAAAUGUGAAGAGGAAAAUGAAACUGUCACCAAAAUAAAUAGUCACCACAGAACAAAUAUUUUUUUCUAUUACAUAAACUGACAAAGUAAAUAUAAGCCAUAUAUUAUUUUGUAAUUGGUUCAAUGAUUAUAUAUUUCUAAAACACUGAACUUAAAAAUACCCAUAGGUUUUGUGACCUAUUUUUAUUUUACGCCAACAUAUUAGAAUGUGACUGCAAAGACCCGCAAUAUAUCCUAAAGUCUUUCUUUCGUCUUCUGACCAGCGAAUGUCUAAUAUUUAAAGAUGGAUGACUUCUGUUCUUGAAACCUGUGUGGAUUUAACCUUCUUCAGCAUCCUUAACAUUUUAUUAUCUGGCUCAGGAUCAUUAAGAAACUUACUGGUUUUUAUCCAAAAUCUCUUACGUUAAAUAGACUUUUUUUUGGAUAUAGUUAGCUUCACUUUUAAACAGCUUAAAGGAAUAUCAAAAUUGUUAUUGUGUAUCUCAUCUAUAUGGCAGUCUGUUGCUUUUAAGUUUUCAUAAAUUUAAUAUUUAAGAUACAUUGUAUUUGAAAAAUUACAUUAAUAGUGGAGUGAUACAGUGUUAAAAUGAAUUUUAUGUUGUGACAUUCAAGAGAAUCUUCUCAUUUAAUUAGUACUUUGAUUCUAUAUAAGAUAAUCUUAAUGUUUAACAGUUUCCAAAACCUUUUUGGGGGUAUAUUUAAGAACUUAAUAUUUUGAUAUUAGAUUGUUUCCCAGAUUUUAAUUUUGGGAUUAGCUCAAACUAGUGAAAAUUAUGACUUAAUGACCAAUCGUUUUAUGAAAUUUGAUAACUAAACUUAAAAUGAAUUUGGAAAAUCAGAAAGCACCUAUAUUUUAGAGAUAUUUUGUAAGAGUUGUGCUUUCUUUAACACAAUCUGUAAUCUUAAGUUUGUCUCUAGCUGGAACCGAACAAAGCUCUACAAUUUUGCAGUUUUUAUGAAGCACUUAUUAUUAAUCCUUAGAAUUAAGUCAUAAAGUGUAACUAAUACAGUGCAUUACAGCCUGAUAAAAUUAAAGAGUACUAUGAAUAUCUAUAACUACUACAAAUUAACACUUCACUCAGUUGAUAGCAUUUUUGCUCAGUAGAUUUAUUGUCAAAUAGGAAUUUCUAAGCACAUUGAGUCAAAGCAUUUUUUCCAAGUUAUUAAAGCAUAAUUUAAUGUAUUUGUUAGAAGUGACUUGUCAAACUCUACAGUGAGCCCUGUGGGUUUUUGUUUUGUUUUGUUUUGUUUUUGCCAGUGAGUGUUUCACCACACUGCUAUGGCCAGUUUGAGAGGCAGUUACCAAGAGGUUUGUUUUGUUUGCUCUGUGGAGAUGCUUUUGCUACUGACAUUGCUUUUCUGAUUAUAGUCUGCUUCAUAGAAAAGAGCCUGCAUAAUCAAACAAGGAACUACUUUGAAGAUUAAAGUAUGCCUGGCUAUUAAAAAUACAGAUUUUAUGUGGUAAACAUCAGGUAGGUCUGGGUGGGUUAUGUUCUCGGCCUAGCAAAAUCCUCUAUUCGACAAGUUCUGAAGAAGGCAGAGAAGAUAAAGGCAUCAGGUGGUAACUUCUAAUUGUAUGUUAAUUAUAUAUUGAUCAUACAUAACAAAUACUAUGCCUGGAAAUUAUAAUGACUGAAAAGCACCUAUUUGGUUAGUGUUUCUAUCUGUGAGAACAUAUCUCCAAUACUAAAUGAGAUAAGCCUGUUCUAAAAUCUUACAGCCAAAUUUUAAGAAACUUGAUUAUGCUUAUGAAAGGAACAUUGUUUUCUCUUGUUUUAAAUAUGGAGAGGUAUAAUCCUUUACCUAAGAAAAGAAUUAAUUUUAGCAAAAUGAUUCCUUUCAACAUUUUUAUAAGAAAUAUCUAGGGAAAAAUUUAUAAGAAAUAUCUUAUAAAUCUAUAAGAUUUAUAAGAAAAAUAAAUCUAAACUGAUAACUAUUCAAGACAUUCUCUAAAUAAGAUAUUUAAUUACAAGCUCCAUAUCUCAGGGUCCUUUUUAGGUUUCCAGGGGAAAAGAGCAGGAUAACAGUAUGGAGACUGCUAAGUUGAGAAUUUAAAACAAGUGAAAGCAUGAGAUUUUAAAAGCUGCAUUGUGAAUAUAAAAUUUUUAUCAAUCCUUUGCUCUUAUUCUUUUAGAUAUAUUAAGAAAAUAGAAGAAAUUAAGAAAUUUUAAUAAGAUGUUUCGGAUCUUUGAGUAUGAAAAUAUAACAAUUUAAAAGCCUAAUUUCAAAAACUAUUUGAGAUCAAGGGACAGUGUUGUCACCAAUAUGAAGAUUCAAGACUGAACUGUAUUGUCUUUACUAUCAAUAAGAACUUUACUUUCAGUUUUUUCUCCAACAAUAGAGAUUUCUGACCAAAUUAAGGAACACUGUUUUCUUGGGUCUGUUUUGAGUAUAUGUCAUUAUAGUUAUAGUCUUUCUUGUUAAAAUGUAUAAUUGUGGGGUUUUUGUAUUGUUUAGUAUUUAAUAGUGUAUAAUGUUUUGUUAAAUUAUACGUGGUUAUACCAAAAUAUUUCCCAAAGAUAAAUCAUGACAAGGUUCUCUGUUUAUUCCUGUGUUUUAAAUACAUAGAAUUGCUCUUGUAGAUUUGAAUUUUUGUUUCAUUUUUUCUGUCCCACCCUUCACUCUCUGUAUCUCAGAACCUUUUUGAUAGAAGUGCUAUCCAGAAGUGAACUUGUAAAAAGGCAAGUAGCAUGAAAGGAGACAAAAAAAAGCAAAAUACCAAUGUAGUGGAUAAUUUCUGAGCACUUGAAGUUUCUUCAAAAGUGCAAGACUAUGUGUCUUCCUAUUAGAUGUAUAAAUUGGGUAUUUCAUGCCUAAUUAAAGGUCAUAUUGGAUCAUAAAGUGAUUGGGAUAAAUUGAGGCCUAAACCUGAACACAUUGUAGAGUAUAUUGUUAGAAAUUUUUCCUGUGAUAUUUGAAGUUAUUAUUUUCCCAUUUCCUUUUCUUUUUUUCUUUAUAAAUCAUAUGUCCCUACGAAUGUUUUCCCGUUUUUGUUUGGACCAAAAAAAAAAAAUAGUUUUUUAUCUUCCCAGUGUAUUGUCCUGCAUUGUCCUUACCCUAGAUCAGACACUUCUAUGUAACAGUUUUUCUCAUAAUGUAACAACUUUUAUCCACCCUUCAAUACCUUCACUGGGACUAGUUCAUUCAUUUUCAAAUAGCUAUUUCAACCUUUAACCUCUCCUGUCUUUGUCUUCUAUGCAGAAGCCAGAGUGACUGGUCUUGGUAGGACUCUGUUGUGUAUCACCACUCUGACCUUACUGAUUUGUUUCAGCAAAUUUGCUGUAAAGUGCUUUGUUCAGAUUCCCCUCCAACAUUAUUUAUAUACCCUCAUCUUUGUGCAUAUUAUUUCUCAUGCGUGAAAUACUCAAGUUUUAUUCUUUUAACCUGCUGAGUCUGUCCCGCAGACUCUGGCCGAGCGAUGGAUGAAAGGCGUACUCAGACACAGAUAUGCAGUGAAAGAGUGCUAGGGGACCGCCUGCAGAGUGAACAGUCUCAAUAAACUGGCACUGCUUGCUUUUAUUCAGUACAGACAAUGCUGAAAGCCUGGAGCCAACAUAAUCUAUUGGUAAUUAACAUUGUUGUCCCCCUUGCAGGGAGCAGUCUCACAUGUUGAUGAUUAAAGGUCAGUUUCUGGACAAUAUAAGCAAACCAGCCUAUUUAGAUAAAUCCCCCUACAUUCCCUGGUACCUACUCCUCGCUCUUUGCCUCAGGGUAAGAGAACAGCUGCCUUCAGCGUAUUCUUCCCUGAAGCUUUGCAAAACCUUCUGACCUUUCAAGAAAGUUUGCGGGUUUCCCUAUAACUUCUCCCACCACCCUGACCAGUCUCCUACAUCUCCCCCUUUUCUGUUUUUUUCAAAUCAGGUUUUGUUGAAGAGUACUGAUGUAUGCCGCAACAGGUUUGUCAGGUGCAGCAGUUAGAGCUCUUGUUCUGGCUUUGCAUCCUAGAUUUAGUAAAUAACGUAAGACAAACGUGAGUAUAAUUAGUGUCAUUCUUUCCCAAUUAAGGAGUGAUACGUAGCAUUACUUGGCACCUUAGUCCAAUGUGUGCCAUGACUGAGGGACCCCACCAGGGGUAUGUCAAUCCUUUCUAGCCAAGCAGUUGCAUUGUUAGGGGCUGGGAAGGAGGUGUCCAUCCAAAGUAACAGGGUAGAAGAAAGGUGGAUCCCGAAGAUGGACCCAAUAGAGUAUAGCAGGUGCAGGUUGCAGGCAGAGUGAGAAUAAGAAAGGUUAAUACCCUAUGAGUCACAGUGUACAACAGAAAGCAUAGCAAGGAACAGCUUAUCUGGAGUGAAUGGUGUUUGUGUUUGGAGCAGGAUUUGCUCAGCCUACUGAGUUGUGUUCUUCACCAUCCCCCAGGUUGUGUCCGGGUCUGUGGGUCCUGUAGCAUCAUUUCCUUCAUUUCUGGUACUGGGUUGGGUCUUAGCCACACUCUGGUAUGGUUUGAUGCAUUGUGCUGGAAUCCAAAGAGGACCUGAGGAGGUGCAAACAUAAGCGUGUCCUCUUCCCCAUUAGCAAAUCAUUUCGACCGCACCAUGCAUUACUAUUGACAUCUUUUCAUAAAACCACAGGUUUUAUGUCUUGAGGGGCAUUUGCAAAAUGCUUCUCUAUGGCUGAUUAAAAUUUAUCAUCUAAAUUUUAAAAAUUAUGGGUAAAUAAGGCUUGUACCAAUAGUAUUGCAGGGUUCUUAUUACCCCUUUUUUUGUUUUCUGAGCUUUUUUUUUUGUUUGUUUUUUGAGACGGAGUUUCACUCUUGUUACACAGGCUGGAGUGCAAUGGCGCGAUCUCGGCUCACUGCAACCUCCACCUCCUGGGUUCAGGCACGCGCCACCACGCCCAGCUAAUUUUUUUUUUGUAUUUUUAGUAGAGACAGGGUUUCACCGUGUUGACCAGGAUGGUCUCGAUCUCUUGAGCUGGUGAUCCACCCGCCUCGGCCUUUGAAAGUGCUGGGAUUACAUCUGAGCAUAUUUUUAAGGGUGGAGUGUAUGUAUUCUACUAUGGCCUGUCCUUGGGAGUUAUACAGGAUGCCUGUGGAAUGUUAGAUGUUCCAUGUCUGACAAAGUUGUUGAAAUUGUGAGCUGGCAUAGCUGAGGGCCACCCCAUAAAUGCAAAAGUUGAGAGAAGAUGUUUAAUGACAUAUCAGGCAGACUCUCCAGGAAGAGCAUGAGUGCUAAUUAGUUGGGAAUAGGUAUCAAUGAUACAUGUACAUAUCUUAGUCUUCCAGAUUCAGGGAUGUGCAUAACAUCUGCUUUCCAUAAGUGAUUAGGUUCUAGUCCUCUAGGGUUAGCACUUGUUGAAGGAGGGGACAUACCUGUGAGCUGGCAAUCCGGGCAUUGUAAAAUAAUUUGUUUAGUUAGUCUUUGGGUAAGUUGAAAUUGUUUUGUUAAGUUUCUCUAAUUCUGGUGGAAAAAUUCAUGUGAUGAUUGGGUGGCUUUGUCAAGAAGUGAUGUCAUAACCUGCAUGUUUGCUUGAUCAUUGCCAUGCACUAGUGGGUCAGGCAGUGAACUGUGGGCCCGAAUGUGUGUGAUAAAAAUAGGAUGUGUGUGUUGAUCCAGCAAUUGCUGAAGUUGAAAAAGUGUGCACAGGGUGGGCUUGAGAGUGGACUUAAUGAGGGCUGUCUCAAGGUUCUGCCAUAAAUAAACAGAGUAAGCCAAGUCACUAACAAUAUUGAUAGUCUGAGUGGAAAAGGUGUUUCUAGGGCCAAUAUUAGGGCUCCAACCUCAGCUCUCUGAGUCCUAGUGAAUCUAGGUUGAGCGAGGGAGUUAUGCGGUUCCCACCAGAUAGCCACUUUUCUAUUUUUAUCAGUCUUAAAAAGCGUUAAAGUGUUAGGUAUGCGGGAGUGAAAUACCUUUGUAGGCAUAACUACAGGAGUACGAGGUAAGUAGGAAGGGUAUAUUCUAUAUGACCUGCUAUUAGGAGAGUGCUCUCUGAAGGUCUAGAAAAAGGGGCAGGAAUGCUUCUAAUUGUUUUUUACUUAAGGAUACUCUUAAGACAUCAGGGUCAUAACCUAGCAAUUGAUCACAUUGUCUGCGACUUGUAUAGAUGACUUUACUAACUAGCUGGACAUAGGGUGUUUUAGUCCUGGAAUGUGAGUUAAAAAACCCAUUUUAGGAAAUGUAGUCCUGGGGCCAUCUGCCCUAUUAAUCCUGUCAGAGAAUGUUUAGUAGGAGAAACAAACAGUUGUGCUGAGUAUCGUGGGUCUAUGCAAUCUAGCUGCUGCUAAGAAAUAGCUUGCCUCUCUUUCCUCAAUUUCUCUUUUUGCAGCAGGGGUUAAAUACUUGGAGGAGUCCAGGGUUGCCUUGCUCUUUAGGACAGAAAACAGGUUUUAUACUGUAUCAGUAGUAAUGCCCAAGGUGGGGUGAAGCCAGUUAAUACCACCCAGGAAUUUUUGAUAAUCAUUUAAGGGGUUUGUUAGGAUUUAAUUUAACUUUUUGAGGUCACUGACCAGGAAGUUAGUAAGUAUCCAAGGUAUUUCCAAGGAGAGGACAUCUGUAGUUUGUCAGGCACUAUGAUUAAACCUCUUAACUGUGUAUUCCUUUGACAGAGGCAUAUAAAUUUAAAAGUAUUGGCUCCACUCGGGCCGUAAGUAAGAUAUCAUCCAUAAAAUGGAUGAUCUUGCAAUUAGGAAAUUCUUUUCUACUGGGGAGCAAAGCCUGAUUUAGAUGUUACUGACACAUGAUAGGACUGUUUAGCAUUCCUUGAGGAAGCACUUUCCAGUGAAAUCAGUGAGCUGGCCAUUCAUUAUUGGUAUUGUAAAAGCAAAUUUUUCUCUGUCUGGUUCUCCAAGGGGAAUAGUUUAAAAUCAGUGUUUAACUAUAGUUUAUAAUAAUGACUAUAGGCCAAUCUCGAGGAAUCACCAUGGGGAAAGGAAGCCCCUGUUGAAGGGGCCACUUAGGUUGCAAAUUAGCAUUGAUAUCCUGUAAGUCAUGCAAAAGUCUCCAUUUACCAGACUUUUGGGGAAGGAUGAAAUGGGCGAAUUCCAAGGGCUGUCUGAUGGUUCUAUAUGGCCAGCUGUUAAUCGUUCCUCAACUAAUUCGUGGGCUUGUUGUAAUUUCUCUCUUUAAAGGCCACUGUUCUACCCAAAUAGGAUUUGAGAGAGCCACAUGAGGGGCUGGAGAGGAGUAGCAACAGUGGCCAUUAUGAGAAAGGAGUCUUAUGUUCAUAUAGUUUAUUAAAUUCUGCCUUCUAGAGGAGGAAUUGACUGCCGUCUAAAGUUGUUUUAGGUGGCACUGACCAGUCCCAUGGGGUCAUACAGAAGUUGUCUGCUAUGGUCUCAAUCCUUUUGUAAAUGGGCUAGCAGCUCUGUUUUCUCUAAUGCUUUUUCUUAUCUCUUUAUAAGUGUCAGAAGUAAUGGGUUCAGACACCCGAUUGCCUGGUUGAUCUUUCAUCACCAGGCAGGCCAAGAGCUCCCCUUCUAAUGCCGCUUGCCUAAGACAGGGUCCCAUAACUGUAGUGUAUCCCUUGUCUUUUUUCCAAUUUAUUGGGGGAGGGGGCUCAGGAAAAAUAUUCGUUUCCUCUUUGGUAUCUUUACCCUGUAACGGCAGAGUUGAGGGAGGAGGAGGAGGCAGUAAGGUAGGUGAUGAUUCCUCCUCCCGUCCCUUUUUAGGCUCUUCUGUGUCGAGUAGGGCCAAAGAAACCCUGUCUAAGGCCCAUAAAGUUAAGGAUAUUACUGAGACCUGUAGCCCUUGUGCAUGAUGUUGUUUAAGAUUUCUCACCACUUGUUCCCAGAGCUCUAGGUCUAGUGUACCUUCUUCUGGGAACCAUGGGUUAUGGGAAACAAUAGUUUGCAUUAGGUUUCUUUUUUUGUGUGUGUGAGUUGGAGUCUUGCUUUGUUGCCCAGGCUGGAGUGCAGUGGUAUCAUCUUGGCUCACUGCAACCUCUGUCUCCCAGGUUCAAGCGAUUCUCCUGCCUCAGCUUCCUGAGUAGCUGCGAUUACAGGCACAUGCCAUCAUGCCUGGCUAAUUUUUGUAUUUUUAGUAGAGACGGGGUUUCAACAUGUUGACCAGGCUGAUCUCAAACUCCCAACUUAGUGAUCCACCUGCCUCAGUACACUAAGUUUCUUAAUUGAGACUGCGAAAACGAGGCUCCACUAGCUUUAAGCAGCUGUUUCAGUACUUUCAUAUGCUAUUUCUGUUGAGGGGAUAACUGUUGUCCCUUGAUGAAACCCUAGCUUGAAAAUUCCCUUGAACUUGUGAAUCCUGAGCAGGCACCAAUGACUUACUGACUGUGCAGUCUCUACACCUUCAUUUUCGAGGGUUCCGUUGUGAUUCGUUACAGUGUUCCUCACGGGGCACAGCUGCGCAGUCUGUCUUGCAUACUCUGGCAGAGCCACGGAUGAAAGGAGUGACAGAUUUCACUGCAUACUCCAACACAGGUAUGUAGUGAAAGAUCACUAGAGGGCUAGGGGACUGCCUGCAGAGUGAACAGUCACGAUAAGCUGGUACUGCUCACUUUUAUUCAGUACAGACACAAUGCCGAAAGCCUGGAGCCAGCACAAUCUACAUAAUUAACAUUGUUGUCUCCUCUUGCAGGGAGCAGUCUUACACAUGGAUGAUUAAAGGUCAGUUUCCAGACAAUAUAAACAAGCCUAUUUAGAUAAACUCCCCUAUAUUCCCUGGUACCUACUCCUUGCUCUUUGCCUCAGGAUAAGAGAACAGCUGCCUUCAGCUUAUUGUCCCCCAAAGCUUUUCAAAACCUUCUGACCUUUCAAGAAAGUUUACAUCUUUCCCUAGAGUUUCUCCCAUCACCCUGACUGACCUCCUAUAUUAUCUAAAGCUUACUCUUACAUUUCUUUAAAGCUCUGAUUAAAUAUUUUAUUUUGUCCCCAAAUGUUCUAACUGUCCAUCAAAAUGUGGUAAGUUGGCCUUUCUUUUUACUUUUCUUGCCAUUCAUUUAGCUGUUAUAUUUUGUUUUAAUGUUUUGGAUGAUGCCUCUUAUACUACUUUGUAUUCCUAGGCAAGGAAAUGUAUAUCAAAAUAUAUUAGGUGAUUGAUUCUGUUUUAUCUUAUCUCCUUGAUGAUGGUACCUCUUAUACUAUACAGAAUCAAGAAAAAGGAAACUGCAUUUUAAAUAGUGGCUUUAAGUAUUGACUGAUUAUUUUAAACCUGGUUUCCUAUAUAAGGUUGUAAGCUCAAGAUAAAAGAGACCACAUUCUUUACUUAUGUGAGGUUCUAGAAACUCUUUAUUUCUUUUUAAAAAACAUUUUGAUAAAUUUUUUUUUAAAUUAAAAACUUUUAAGAGCAAUUUUAGGUUCACAGCAAAAUGAAGAGGAAAAUAAUUUUUUCACAAAGAUUUCCCAUUUACCUCCUGCUUCUGCACAUGAGUGAACUCCCAUUUUCAACAACUGCCACCAGAGUGGUGAACAAUUGAUGAACCUACAUUGACUCAUCGUAAUCACCCAGAGUCCAUAGUUCACAACAGGGUUCACUCUUGAUGUACAUUCUGUGAGUUUGGACAGAUGCAUAAUGACAUGUAUCCGCCAUUGUAGCAUCAUACUGUUGCAGGACUUCCUCCUUAGUUUAGCUAGGAGCUGGGUCCUUGCCAUAUGGCUCUAAAAUAUUUUGCUUGCAGACACUUUGAAGUGUAAGAAUAAUGGAAUUUAUGGGGCAAAAAGGAAAAUAAACAGGGACUCUCUGCAAAGCCAGAGUCCCAGCUAGUGUGUUUUCUUCCUCACAGAUUGAAUUCUGGGUUCCCCAGGAAGAUGGGGGGCCAGGCUCUUGCCCACUGCAAACUGUGGUUCUGCCCUAGUGUACCCUCCUCUUAGUGCAUAGGCCAGUUGGAAUUUCUCUGGGGACCCCUUCCAACCUGGCUGUCUCAUACCCUUCUAAAGUACAUAAUUGCCAUUAGAAUAACUAGGAUGAAGACCGAUCUUAACUUCUUCCUACUGACAGGGUCACCUUUUUGGGAAAACAGCAGUCAGAGCUUUCUCAGAGGCCUAAGGAUUCUCAGCAGAAGGGGCCAUUGUUGGAGGCUCCUGUUGCAUGACCAUUUGGAGUUUGAUGGCCAGGUUAUUUAAAAACUUGUAUCAAAAUGAAACAAAGGGAGGGGUAAGGAGAGCUCAAAAAUCCUAAGGCCUUUACCAGUUUGCACAGGGAUAGGUAGGUCAAAAGCCUGACUGGUAAUAAAAACUUUUACCCUUUUACCAGCAUGUUGGGAUUCUGGAUUUCCUUCCCCUGAGCCCAAUCGUAAGUCAACUAGUUUAAGGUUUGGAAAAUUAACUUCUCCCAGUUUGAAGGGUGUAUCUGAAGGGAGUGACCUGUAGUAUGGAGACACAAUUACCUAUCUGUGAAGAGAGGACAUAGGAGGAAAAAAGAAAAAAGGGUGCUUUUCAAAGGAGUCCCAGGGGUUCAGGAUGCAUUUGAAAGGGGUACAAACUGAAGAAGAAUGGCCACUUAUCUAGAAAGAGGGUAGCAGGCAUUCCUGGUUCCCUUCUCUUUUUAGCAGAUACCUGGGGUAUGUGAAGGAGAGAAGGAAGAGUAUUUUCUUUCCCUCUUCCAUCCUUGUAUCUCUGAGUCCUGGUGACAUUGACAGGUGCCACCAUAGGUGUUAAUGUGGCUUUCACUCAUGUUAACAGAGGAUCUGGAGGUGGGAAUUAUCCAAUCUUCCCACAUAUGUCCUAUUUCCCCUGCUGUCCAUAGCCUUGAAUUCCCUAGAUCUCAUUUAUGCCAUGGAUACUAGCAUGGCCUUUAGCCAUGAAAUGGGAAGCUUGGCUUAAUUGACAGGAACCAGCCAUGUUCACCUGCAUUGUGCCUUUUAAUUUUCAUUAUCAUCUGUCUUUGGAUCCCUCAGAUCCAGUUUUCCUUCCUAGGGCUUUGACCUGAAGCUUGAAAUUGAGUUUGGGACAGAAAUAUGUCUUGCGGGUAUUUGCAUAGAUUCCUUAUCAGAAGCCAAAUGCUAAGGGGAAGCUGUGGAAUUGAAUCCUCCUCCAACAAGGGAGAGAAAAGGAUGUCUUGCAACACACCCAUAUAACUGGUGGCUAUAGUUUUGCUGCUAAGAUUUGGGUACGUGGUGCUUGGCUUUAGUUCGCUCCUGUGGUCUUUCUCAAGAAGCAAACCUCCAAACAAUGGGCAUCCUAUUUACUCCCAUCACCUGGCAGGAUUUUUAGGAUAAUUGCUCAGAACUAAAAUAUUGAUCCAGAUUUUUACAUUACCCAUCCCUGUGUUCUUUCUAAGCUGCAACUGGAGAUUGCUGGUUGGAUCACAGGAACAAGUAGGGUUAUUCUAAAAUGUAGGCAAAAACUUAAAAACAACAAAUGAGUUUAUAAUUUAAUAAUAAAUGUAUGAUAAGUUUCGAUACAAUUUCUCUCUUAUUAGUCCUCAUUUUUGUUGAAAAAACACAAAUCAUCAUAGGACUAAGUGGUUUCCAAAAUGGACUUUAGUCUUAUACUUGACCGGAUUAUUUGCAUAAAGUGCAGCAAGAUAAUUAUUUCUACAUAGUUCUUUUGGAUUGGCUUUGAUGGAACUCUAUUUCACAGAGAGUCUCAGAUGAGACGUUUUGAAGGUGAGCCCAGCCAGGGAUUUUUAUCUUCAAAUACCUGUGAAUAGGGUGAUUCUCUCCUCUUAUGGUCCCAAAUAAACUUGGAUGCCCUGGGCCUGUGAAAAAGUGACAUUUUUUACUGACCACACACCCUGUACAGGGCCUAUGUAGGCAAGGGUAUGAAGCCAGUUCUUCCUAUGGGGCUUUUAGCAGCUCUGCAAGUCAAGAUUGACUCCUUAAAGGUAAGCAUACCAUUCUAGUCCAGCCCUUGGUAAAAUAACCAGUUACUCCAAUUGUAUCCUGUUGCAGGAGAAAAAUGGAUUCUAUUGCACUGAUGCAAAUAAUAAGUUAAUGGUAUUCACAGAUAAUUUCCAUAUUCUAGAGGAACCAGGCAGAGAGAAAUAAACAUACUCCAAAUUUUGUUCACAGGAGUAUAACUUAAUUAAAGGCCAUAAAUUGUUCAAAAUAAGUUUUCUUGACUGAAAAACAGAUCAUGGAUCAGCAAUAUUCCAAGCAAAAGUCAAAAAGAUUUGCUUCAGCUUCCUGAGUUCAGUCUAGUUAUCUCUUGUUUUGCUUUUCGUGAACACUUCAGCUCUUUUGAGUCCUGUAUAUUCUUCCUUUAUUCCAAUGUCACGGUCUCCAAAGUUAUCAGAAACCUGUAUUUGAAAGCACUGGUCAGAGUCCUAUGGCUUAUAAACCAUCUUUUGAAAAGGAUUGAAACAAGAUAAUGGUGAAUAGCAAAAUGUCCAGGGUAGUUAUGGUUAGAAACACAAUUGACAAGGAAGUUUGGUUAUCUCGGUGUCUUACAAUAACUUAACAACCUUAAUUAUGAUUGAUGGCAUACACGUAGAUAUUAGAAUUUUAGAAGUUCCGUAUAAUUUUGUAAUAUAUAUUAGCUGAACAUCAUUUUGGCAAUCUCAUAUAGCUGAAUACAUCAAAUAAUUGUUUACCCCUUUUCUGGAUGUUUCAGGGGGUCCUCUGAUCCAUCCAAAAAGGUAGGCAUCAGGAAAGACAAUUUUGAAACUGAAGUUUGAUUUUGGGAAACCUGUUAAAUAUGUUAGAAGUUCAAAGCACUUGGUAUUAUGAAACAGAAUUUCAGAUUACGAUAAGUUAUUUUGCCAAAAUAAUGAAUCAAAAAUUUUAAAGAAGCAAAACCUUUUAUAACCCUUUACAAAUUUUGGUAAAGAGCAGAUUAGCACCUUAAGAAUACCUUGUUGUGCUUUUAUUUUAAUGCUCAAUUUACAGAAAAAUCAUAUACCUUUUUUGAGUUCAGUCAAUAUGUUCACACAGAGAACUUCUUCUGCAAGAUUUAUUCUUCAAUUCUUUCACAACUAGUUUGACCCUUCAGCUUUAUCUUAUCUAAUUAAAACAAUCCUUUAAACCUAGGUAAAAAUUUACAUUUCCAUGUCUUCUUAUAACCUUUUACUAAAAAACACAUUUUACUGUUCUUAUAUACUUUACAUGUAAAUAUAGUUUUUGUAGUUUCUGUUACGUAUUAUAAUGGUAACUCCUAGCAAUUUUAACUUUAAUGUAAAACCUAGUAAGUUGUUUUAAUUGUGUGCCAGGUACAGCCAAGAUUUGACUCCUUCCAGCAUAAUUAAGGGUGUGGUUAGUUUUAUAUGUCCACAGACCUUACCAGUUGUGCAGCAGGCAAGUCAGAGGGUUCUCAAAACCCCAAAAGCAGUAUAUAACCUCAAAACACGUAGCAUACCUUACGUUUGUCAUGCAUGACUUAGUCCACCUAUUUACAUUUUGAUGGCAUCUGCUUUAUACCAAUAAUCUUUAAGGCUGUUUUAUUUUUUCUCAAAGAUUAGUCAUAUGAAAUGAAAGGUACCACAGCUUUUAUCUUCCCUUUAAAAAAUAUUUGAUCUAGGCCAGGUGCAGUGGCUUAUGCCUGUAAUCCCAGCACUUUGGGAGGCCGAGGCGGGUGGAUCACGAGGUCAAGAGAUCGAGACCAUCCUGGUCAACAUGGUGAAACCCCCUUCUCUACUAAAAAUACAAAAAAAUUAGCUGGGCAUGGUGGUGCGUGCCUGUAAUCCCAGCUACUCAGGAGGCUGAGGCAGGAGAAUUGCUUGAACCCAGGAGGCGGAGGUUGCAGUGAGCCAAGAUUGCGCCAUUGUACUCCAGCCUGGGCAACAAGAGUGAAACUGUCUCAAAAAAUAAUAAUAAUAAUAAUAAAUAUAUAUAUAUUUGAUCUAAACGCUGUGUUUCUAAACACCAAAUUAAUUAGAGCUCUCUUUACAGAGAUCAUACACACCACACAUAUAGCUACACAGAUAGGCAGGAGAAAACUCACUCCCCAGGUGGAGCCCUGUAAGAAACAGGGCUAGGAAAACAUGCAGAAAGGACUUAUUCCCUAAGGCAGGAUUGCUAAACAAAGCUUUGCCACUCUGCCAUCAUGUAAAACCAGAUGGACGCCUGCAAUGAACCAUACAAACAUGCAAAGCACACCAAAUUGGCUACAGCUUAAGACCAGGCUCACAAAUCCUUUUUCACAAAACUUUACAGAGAAUAUAAAUAGUGAUCCUUAUCAUUCCUAGCCUAGUAAAACAUUUUCUAAAAGGAAAAACCUCACUUAAAAGUUAACUGCUGAUGGCAUGGAGAAGGGGAAGAAAAAAAAAUUUAAAAAUGCCUGAGGAAGAGCAUCUUAUUCUUAUGCAACUGGUUCCUAUACCAGGGAGAAAAGCUUAAUUACUGUCUAAUGAAGUUGAGCCCCUUGGCAGGGGAAGGGGAAGAGCUUGGGACAUUCGCCAGCCCCAGCCAGGAGGGUAGGGGGAGUGAGGAGCCCCUGCUCACCUGUCUAUCCCAAAAAAGAAAAGGCCAUGGAAAUGCCCCCAACCCCAGGGAGUGACAGGGGUGGGAGAACAGUUUCCCCUACCUUUAGAAGUCCGAGGAUGAAAAGGCUUAGAAAGGAUAGUGAGAGGCUUUGAGUCCCCAUUUCACUCACCCCUUCUCAAGCCUCACAUUGGGCACUAAAGCUAUUGUAGGACUUACUCCUUAGUUCAGCUAAGAGCCAGGUCCUUUUGACACCGCCAUGAAAUUAUUAGACUCGCAGACACUUUGAAGGGUAAGAAUAAUGAAAUUUGUGGGGCAAAAAGGAAAAAAGGGAAACAGAAACUCUCUGAAAAACCUGAGUCCCUGCUAGUGUACUUCCUGCCUUACUCUGAAUUCCAUGUUUCACCCAGGAAGAGCCAGGCUCUUCCCUGCUGCAAAUGGCAUGAACUGUGGCUCCACCCCAAUGUGCACUCCUCCCAGUCCACAGGCCUUUUGGAGUUUCUCUGGAGACCCAUUCCCUUCUGGCUGCCUCAAUACAGACUAUUUUCACUGCCCUAAAAAUCCUGCAUGCUCCACCCAUUGUUCCUGACUCCAGCUGCCUGAAAAUCUGCUUUAAAAUGCAGUACAUUAAACCUGUUUUGGAGGAGCUAUUUUUUUUUUUUUAUGUUGCUGCUCCUGUUCUUUAAGUAGGAGCAACAGUUGUGUAUUUUGGAUGACAUAACUGUAAGUCUUCUGACCUCCUGUCCUCAAAACUGAGAUUUUUGAGUUUUUAAGUGUUUUCCAUUUCAUCAGUUAUAUAUUCAGUUUUACAGAUUUAGGACUAAAUCUAGGAAAAUUCAGUUCAUUAUAGAGACUCAAGUCCAUUUAUGUUGCUACAGCAAAAUGCCUGAGACUGGGUAAUUUAUAGAAAACAUAAAUUUAUUUCUCACAGUUCUGGGGGCAGGGAGGUCCAAGGUGCUGGCAGAUGUUUGGCUGUCUGGUGAUGGCUGCUCUCUGCUUCUAAAAUGGCACUUUAAUGCUGCAUUUUCUGGAGAGGAAGAACUUUAUGUCAUUACAUGAUGGAAGGGACGGAAAGCAAAAGGGGCCCAGAUUCCUUCACCAAGCUCUUUUAUAAUGACAUUGAUUCUGCUCAUGACUUAAACACCUCCCAAAAGUCUCCAUCUUCCAAUACUGUUGCAUUGGGGAUUAAGUUUCCAUACAUGAGUUUAGGGGAACACAUGCAGACCACAGCACUGGGUUUUGCAUUGUGUUGCUUUUUCAAGCCUGGCUUGAUGAUCACUGUUUAGGUCUAAUCUAGAAGCAAACCACACAGUGAUAUUAAACAAGGGAAGUUUAAUAUAAAAGUUUUAAACCAGUUGAGGUAGAGUACCCAAGAAAGGGCAAACUUGGAAGAGAGAACCGAAAGUCUGGAUUCAGACAUUGUUGAAUAUAGGAUAACUGUGGCCCAUUGGAUUGCAGUGAAGGUUACUGGUUUGCUUAGACCAGUGCUGGUGUUUAGUUACCAGACAAGCUGGAAGCCACACUAUUGACUGUGUGCGAAUGCAGAAGGAGUCAGGGCAGGACAUCUGGAGCAUGUGGUGUCUGUUUUGGGAGGGUCUUAGAAGGUGAUCACCAGCCCAGAUGAGGUCUGUAAAGUCACUAAGAAAAUACUUUCCUGGAGUGUGGCUAGGACAGAGUGGCCCCAGAUGUCUUCACACCCACUUCUUACUGAUGGUGCAGCUGCCAGAAAGCAGCAGGAGAGUCCCUUUGGGGUAAAUUUGGAGUUGAGAGACCAUAAACUGAUAACUAGUGCAGAAGCUGAUUAGGUUCUAGGAAGGUUUUGGUGAAGUUUUAUAUUUACCAUUUUAUAUUGGUAAAUAUAAAAUGUCUCAUCCUCCUUUGCCCUCCUUGUUUUGCAACAUAUUGCAUAGCCUGUCCAAGAAAUGUGGGCAUAUGGGUAAGGUAGUGGAAAUAUCAGGGCAUUUAGAAAACUGAGGAACCAUGAAAAACCUUAAGUCAAUAUUUUCAAAAUCUAAUGAAUUUGAUACGUUCAUAAAGUACUUUAUGAACUAUAAAUCUGGGACUACUGUAUAUAUUUUGGAGUUACAUAAAUGGUACCCUCAAUAUAUCAGGAGCAUGGAGUAUUCCUUUCGUUACUUUUCACCAAGAUGGUCAUAUAGUUUUAUAUGAACAAUUCUGGAAAUGGAAAAUUCUCUGCAAUUCUAAUACUUUGUUUCUUAGCAUAUUCUUGCUUCAGUUAAGUCAUGAUUUAAAUAUCUGUGUCUUCACAUUUUGCUCUUAAUUUUGCCUCUUAAGACAAUUUUAUAUACAUAUUUCAGUCUUCCUAAUGUUCAAAGCAAUGGAAGUAAUGUUCCAUCAUUUAGGCUCAAUAUUUCUAAAUUAUUUCUUUGGUAAAAGUUUUAUUUAUUCAUUAUUGUUUCACUUUUCUAGAUGCUUUCCAGCUUUCAGUUUUUUUAAUGUGGCACCAGAUAUCCAGAAUUUAUAGAGUAGAAUGUGGAGACUCUAUGUUUAAUAGUUUAUUAUAGUACUUUAUUUUACUAGUAUUUAUUUGACUCCUGGCACUGUGCUUGGGUGUGUGUGGCGGGGGCUGGGGGAACGGUGAUCACAAAUAAGGCAUCACUCUACAAUGAGGAACUCAGUGGAGGAAAUAUAUAAACGGAGAAAUGUAUACUGCAACCAGGUAACUAUUGUUUCAGAUAAAUGAAGAUAGAACAAUGGUGAAGAAGCACAGAAGAUAGAUCAGCUAAGUAGCCUGGAAAAACCAGGAAAGAUUUCACUUAGGAGGGGAUAAUUGAGUUGAUAUAGAAAAGUUAACAGAAGUUUACCAUCAAGGAAAUUGAGUAGAAGGGUGUUUUUUUUUUCUAGCCAAGAGAUAAUAAGUGUGCAAAAACGGAGUGGUGAAAAGCCUGCUACAGAAUUUGUUGAAUCCGAAUAGUGUGUGCUGUAAAAGAAAUCUGGGCUUCAGGAUCAACAGAUUUAUGAUUCCACUAUUUUAUUAGCUCUUUACUGUGGGCAAGUGUCCUGACCUUGCCCAAGCCCUGUUUUGUUUUCUCUCUCUUUUUUAAUACCUACUUUGCCGUUUUGUUUUGAGGAUUAAAUGAGAAAGUGUAUGCCUGGCACAUAUGAUCUCAGAAAAUACUAACUGCCAAAGGUGCAAUACAUUUAGUUGAGGGAGACACUAGGAAUAAGACGUAAAGCUGCUUUUGCCUCUAAGGCAAAAAUAUGCCCUCCCCAUUCUAUUCUCCAGCAAGAACUACAGCAAGAAUAAUCUUUUACAAACAUGUCACGUGAUGUUGUAUCUCUUAAAAUUUCCAGUUCCUUCCUUUCAGAAUAAAACAGAAGUUUCUGCCAUGGUCUAGAAAGCUCUACGCUAUGCCAAUAUCUCUCAGUCCCCUCACCUAACAAAGCCAGUGCAUUUUCUACCCCUCCAUUUGCUGUGUAAUUCAGCCAUAUUGGUCUUGCUGUUCUCAAACUACAAACAUGAGUGUCUGCUUUCAGACCUCUGCGCUGUUCCCUCCAUCUGGAAAGUCUUUCCUCAAAUAUUCCAUGAUUCACUCUCUCACUUCAGGUGUCUGCUCAAAUGUCAUUUACCAGAGGCCGACCCUAACCACCACCAUUGUUCAUGCCAUUACUCUUUGCCCCUUUCCUCCUUUAUUUUUCUUUAAUUAAUAUUGAGGUUAGGACCUUUGUUUCAUUCACUAUUGUAUCCCUAACAAUUAGAAGAGUGCUUAGCAGUUAUGUAAAAUGCUCCAAAAAUACUUGUUUUCUCAAUGAAUGAGGCUAAGAAGGUAGCUUGGGGGCCCAUCUGAGGCACCUGAUAUACUCAGCCAAAAAUUUUAGAUUUAUUCUGUGGGCAAAAGGAAGGGGAUUAGCAUUUUGAUGCAGCCUAAAAUGAAUAUUAAUUUUUUUGUUAGUCGCUAUAUUGAUUUGUGCUUGCAGUAAGUGGAACUUGUUUUCAGAUACAAAAACCAACCAUUUUUUUUCUUUCUAGUAUCCAGUCCUUAAACCUGAUGACAUGGCAAUAAUACACUGUGUUAAUUUCUUUAGAUAGUAAUGGAAGGUAGAAUGCAGACUUAUUGUUUUUGUUCAGAGAUAAAGUUACUCUUAGUGAAGUUUCUAUGAUGUUUUGGCGUAAAAUAAGUUCCCAGAAUAUAGUGUUUUUAUAAUGAUGUUAAGAGGGCUGUUGAUUUGUUUAGGUUGCAGUAGUAGACAAUAUUUAAUUUAUUGAAUGAUUAUUGCGGGGGAGGGACACAAGUAAAAGAAAAUAGAAAUGAACACAGAGAAGUAUCUUUUUACAGGUGUUCCAGAAGCAUUGGUGACAGCCACCUGGCUCAUGAUGGUGCCCCUGAGGAAAAGUCAAUGCCCCUUUAGAUCAUAAAUAUUCAAUAAUUUUUAAAAGGGAAAUCUGGGGGAAACAUAAAACUUUAUUCAGAAGCAGAUUUACUUAUUUGAGACAAAGAAUAAUAGAUAUUCCACUAAAAAUAAGCAAAGUGACAUCAAUCAUACCUUAAUAAAAGGGUUUUAAAAAAAGAUGGGGGAAGAAAAAACGAACAGAGUCGCAGAUAUUUCAAAAAUUUCUCUAGUUCUUGUUCUCUGUGUGUGUGUGUGUGUGUGUAUGUGUGUGCGCGUGUGCAUGUACAUGGUUUUAUGAGGCAGAUUUCUUAGGAGGGUUUAAAAUUUAACUGUCUUCUGUUUAUUCUCUUAUUAGCUAGAGUACCUUAGGCAAAUUAACGUCUGAUCUUCAAUUUCCUAAGUGGAGCUAUGGUAUCUAUCUCACACAGGUGUGAAAAUUGAGUGAGGUAAUGCUUGUAAAGUGCUUACUUAGCACAGUUCCUGGCAUGUAAUAAGUAAUCCAUGUUAGUUGUUACUGGUAAAAAUAAUUAUGCCAGCACAUGGUGUCAGAAUUUCAGUCAGUAAUGACUGCCUGUAGAAACAGACAUUUUAAUAGUAAGAACGGUUAUGCUUUUUAAUUCCACUAGAGGGCACCUUUCUCCUACUGUAAACCUGAUGUAGGCAUAAAGCAUUAUGACUCUGGCCCCAACUCCCCUUUAGCAUCCUCAGCCUCACGAUUCCUGUUAGACCACUAAUAACCUCAUAUUGAGCCAGGUCUCUCCCUGGUUAUCCUCCCUACACUCACGUAAUGGUAGGAUGUUUUAGUCUUGGCACAUGCUUUUGCCAGUCUAAAGGGGUGGUCCUUGAGAAUGUAAAAAGUAUAAUAAUAAUUAGCUUUGGGUCUUCAGCAAGACAUAGGCUUGACAUAGUGAGCUAGGAGCAGAGAUUCAAAGGAAAUAUCCUUAUUACUUCUUACCCUGAGGCCUCCCUCCCAUAUGUAUGAUUAAAUCAAGUGUACCUAGUGGACUGAACCAGUCUCUCCUAUUUUAAGUCAGGGGAAAAAAAAGAAAAUGUGAGAUGGGGAAAGAGGCAGGCAGAAAGGGGCAAAAAAAUAAAAAAGGGGAUGAGAUAGAAAUUUUCAGAAAAUCACUGUAACUGACAUAUAUCUUCAGUUGUGCCUGGGAGCUGGAGUCCCUGCUCUGGUUUCUGGAAAGCAGCAUUCUCUAUGACCCAUGAUCUUAGGUUCAAAUGAAAAAGUGUGAACACAGUACCAACUGUGUACUAGGGGUUCCCUGGCUAUUGGAAGUCUUCACUUGUCAAGAAUGAGCCAGAUCCUUCCACAGGCCUCCUUUUUUGGAAGAUGCAAGUAAAUCAAGAAUCUGGUUCAAUAAUUUGAACAGUAUCUUCUCAGGACCACACAUCUGACCUUGAAUAAAAAGUGGGCAAGUUAGGAAUGAUUUUGAUGUUGACAGAUUUGUGAUAAAUGUCAAAAUUGAGACAUGACUAGGAGGUUUUCCAAAAGGUAAUUAAAAGUGGCCAAUCACUGGUUCUGCUGGAACUAGAUUAUUAGCAAUCUAGUAGAAAUAAUCAUCCUUUUAAUAAAGCAGGAUCUACCCUGCCUGGAUGAGGAGCCAAUCAAUGCUCAUUAACUGGUUCUGAUCAUGUACCUUUCUAAAUCACUAUAGGUCUUGAACCAGGAAGUGGGGAGAAGUAAGAUAUGUACUCCAAAUAAGGGGUAGGUAAACUAUAGUUUGACUCUAGCCUAGUACCAGUUUUUAUAUGGCCUGCCAGCUAGGAAUGUUUUCUACAUUUUGAAAUAGUUAGAUAAAAAUUAAAAGAUAUAUCAUAUUUUAUGACAAAAUAAAUUUAAACUUUAGUGUUAACAAAGUUUUAUUGGAACAUAAUCACAGUUAAUAAUUUUUGUAUUUUCUUUUCUUUUAGACACUGUAUGGCUCUGUGUCCAGGGUGGAGUGCAAUGGUGUUAUCACAGCUCAUUCCAGCCUUGAACUCCAGGCUCACAGGAUCCUCCCAUAUUAGCCUCCUGAGUAGCGGGGAUUUCAGGCACAUGCCACCAUGCCUGGCUACAUUUUUGUUUUUUGUAGAGAUGGGAUUUUGACAUAUUGCCAGUAUGAUCUUGAGCUCCUAGUCUCAAGCUAUCAUCCCUCCUUGGCUCACAAAGUGUUGGGAUUACAGGUGUGAAUGGCUGGCCCAUUUUGAUCCUUCCUUCCUUCCUUCCUUCCUUCCUUCCUUCCUUCCUUCCUUCCUUCCUUCCUUCCUUCCUUCCUUCCUUCCUUCCUUCCUUCCUUCCUUCCUCCUGCCUUCCUUCCCUCCUUCCUUCCUCCCUCCCUCCCUCCCUUCUCCCCUCCUCUCUGCUCCUCUCCCUUCCCCUUCCCUCCCCAUGUCCUCCCUCCCUUCCGUCCUUUCUUUUUUUCUGAUACAGUUUCACUCUGUGAGACCAGGCUGGAGUACAGUGGCAUGAUCUUGGCUCACUGUAACCUCUGCCUCCCAGGUUCAAGCAAUUUUCUUGCCUCAGCCUCCUGAGUAGCUGGGAUUACAGGCACAUGCCACUACACCUGGCUAAUUUGUGUAUUUUUAGUAGAGACAGCAUUUCAUCAUGUUGGCCAGGCUGGUCUCGAACUCCUGACCUCAAGUGAUCCACCUGCCUCAACCUCCCAAAGUGCUGGCAUUAUAGGCCACCACGCCUGGUCCAUUUGCAUAUUUUCUAUGGCUGAUUUUGCACUGGAUUGGCAGUACUGACUAGUUGCAACAGAGACUGUAUAUGGUGUUUUCAUCACUGCACUGCUGCUCCACACACUACAAAUUAAAGUGAUAUCGUUAUUACUUGACAGCAUUUUGAGUGCUGCACAUAUAACUGUACCAUAAUGUUACUGGAACCAAGCUGGAUCUGGCUGCAUUUUCUUGAGGCCCAGUAAUGAGAAGCAGACAAACUAGGAAAGAAGGGAAUUUAUUGCUGUAACCGGAAACAGGGAGAAGGCCAGAGAUAAUUCCACCAGACCAACUCAAAGUGUUAAAAUUUUUUUAGUGCUUAUAUAGGUUGGGGUUAUGUGCCUAUGUGCAUUCGCCUAAGUCUGUUGGUAACUAGUUUUGUUUCAGCUAGAAGAUCAGAGGCAAAAAAUGCUUGCUAAGUUCAAUUUAAAGGGUCCCAGUACUUUCAGGGCCUGUCUACUGUGGUACAGGAGUGAUUAUUUCUAUCUUACCUCCUUUAUAGCUUGAUCUGGAGAGCUGCCUUGCACUCUCCAAUGAAUCCAUUAAAACGGCUGCCUGUUACCUUGACUCUCAGACAGGUCCUGGCACUAGGAAUGUAAGACUGCCUCUAUUAUUUUGUCUUGUUCCAGGUUUGGGAGAAGUCCAUGCAAGACUCCUGCUGACCAUAUGUUUCAUUUCUAGGUUUGAUGUCUGGGCACUGAUUUCCCUAGGUGUAACUCUGCGCGAUGUUAAGGCAGUUCUAUGGACAUUUGUCUGUGUAGCUGGAGUGCUAUGCAGGCCUAUCUGUGUGACUGUCAUGGAGGCCUGUCUGUGUGAUUGUCAGGGAGAAUUGGCCUUCCACAAUAGCAUUGUAUUUAUUUGUUAUUGCCAGUGCAUAGCCAUCAUGUCAAAACAAGAUGGGAAAAGUGAACUUCAAAUGUCAUACUUUUAGGCAUGGUGGAGUGUAGAUUGUUUUGUUAUUAAAUUAGAGGGCAAAUCAUCGUUUUCAUUGUGCACUGACACUACAGCUGUGCUAAAAUAAUACAAAUAUACAUUAACGUUACUAGGCUGAAGAUCUAUCAUAAUAUUUCCAACUCACAGGAAAGUAAGAGUGAGAUGAACUAGAACAUUUAAUAUCAUCACUGUAGAAUUUAUUUACAAAAAUAAAAAAUUAAAAUGAGGCCACUGAGUUUUGAGUGGCUCAUUUGUUAAUCAAGUAAAGAAAUCUGUUUAUUAAUAUUAGGUUACUUAAACUGAGUUCGAUUGCAGCAACUGAAGGAAUGUGUGCAGAGAAAAUACACGUAUUUAAGACUAUUAGCCCUUUGGGGAGAACCGUUUUUCAAAGAGUUAAAGACAUUGAGAGUGACAUUGGUAGUCAAAUAAAAAGCAGAGAAAAAUUCAUUUCAAUGUUUUUUUUUCUUGUCUCUUGAGUCAGUGAUGUUACUGAUAUUGCUCAGUUGUUUUUUAUUUAAGGAGUCAAUACCAAGUUUGAAGUGUUUAAAUAAUUAGUCUCUAUGGAUAGUCUGCAAAUUACAAUUACAGGGGGAAUAUUUUCAAAGAAUUUGAGAAAAGCUAACCAAGAAACUUGAAAUGGAAUUUGCUAAGAUUUAUUAAUACUCAUUGUGGUAAAAAUAUGUGUGAAGCAGAAAAAAAGCUUAGUUGGCCAAAUUUACAAAUCUUGUCAAAAUGUGGAAUGUUUAAGGCCUAUUCCUGGCAUUAUUCAUUAGCGAGUUCUUUGCAGAAAAUAUUUGAGUCUACCAUAUGUUACUAAUCCAAUCAAUAGUGAAUUUCAUUUACUCUUGUGGAUUUAACCAUCAUCAGUUCGGCAUUUUUUUGGGUCAGAAAUAGAAGUUUAAUCUUUUCUCUUGCCCUAGUAGGCAGCAGUUUGAUAACUUAGUAGUUAAGUUUAUGUGAUAUUUCUGAGUUAAGGGGAAAAUUAAAAUUUUUCAGAAUGAGGAAAAUCAGCUUCAACUAUUAAGGAACACUAUAUGGCUUUGAAAUUAACACUUGAGGUAGAUUUCAUAAUGUUUCUCAAUGAAUUCCACUUAAAAUUACAAGGUAAAACAUCACAUACAUGCAAAUAUUAUACUGUGGUAAAGUUAUUUUGAUGACAGUUAACAUUAGAAUCACAAAUAAUGUCAAUCAGUUCUCAUGUUUUCAAAUGGUAAAACAAGAAGUGAAAUCUCCACUCCUACACAGACUUGCAGUGGAUGUAAUUUCCAAGAUCAAAUUAUAGUUUCAGCAGCACUUUUGGACCUCAAUUCAAAUGCAAUUAAACAUUCAUUUAAUUGUGCAAUUGAGGAACUUUCACCUUACCUUCAGUUGGAGGUUAUUAAUGUAAUGACAUGCUGAAAGGCAAAUAUCAAGAGAAGAAUCUAACAGAAUUUCGUAAAUGCUUUCUAAUGAUGAAUAUGUUCGACUAAAAUAAUAUGUUUAUGGAUUGACAUUACUAUUGGGCAGUACCUAUCUGUGUACGAAGACAUUUUCAAAGAUGAACUUUGCAACUGAUCAUCAUUAACAGAUGAACAUUUAUAAGUGGGUUUGAUGACAAGGAGCACUAACUUUGAACCCCAAGUAAGCAAAAUGUUAUCUCCUAAAGAAGGGAAAGAAGAGUUCGAUUUUUCUUAUUAGUAGACUUGUAUUAUAACAAAUUAUACUCAAUUAUUAUAUUUAAAAUUUUUUUCUUUAAAUUGGUUUUGAAAUUAAUUUUCUCUCUUGGUAUGUAAGUACCUAUGUAAUAUGUAAUAUCUUUGAUUUUAGUUCUAGGACUACAAAGCCUAACCUCCUGCUCUGGCAGAAUAUUCUUUGAAUAUAUAUAUGGUUGAAGUAACCUUUUAAGUCAUGGCAGAAAUAUAUAUGAAUACUUAUAUUCUUUGUAUAUUUGAAUACUUAUAUUCAAUUGCAGCCUAAGUCCUGAAGUUUUCUAUAUAUUUUAAAUUCUUAUUGAUAGGUCUUUUGUCCCAGGGACCUCUGAACAUGGAAAGCAACAUCAACAACUAUGCAGUUUGAUGCUGAAUUAAUAAAUACAUAAAAUUAAAAAACCCAACUUCCAAACAUUUAAACAACAAUUGCAAGCACACUAGAAGGGUAAGAGAAGGAGAGACUGAUGAAGGCUGGACGCAUUGGCCACUUCUUGUUAGUGGUUCAGGGUAAGAAAUGUUGUUGUACUAAAUCGUGAGUAUCACACGAGAGUCGAUCAUUUAUUCAUUUAAACCCACUAAGUGCCAGGUUUUAUACUAAGCUUUACUGAUGAUGGCUCUGCUCUAUGCAAUCUAUAAUCUGGCAGUGGAGGCAUUCAUGUAACUAGUAAUUUUAUAAAUAUUAACUGAAAUAAACACUUUGAAUGAAACAUUCAGGGUAUGUUGAGAAUGUAUUACAGGAGCACUUAAUCUAGAUCUGAGGAUAUUAGAGAGUUUUGAUAGAUGUGAGCAAGGAAAGGAAAUGGCAGUUAGCAUGUUGGUGGUAAAAACAGUGAACCAUGAUCAGAAGGAGCUCGCUGUAUUUGGAGGCGUUAAGUGGCCCACCCAGAAAUGAAAUGGUAACCACUGAAGGUUUGUUAUUCUUUAAGAAAUAAUUUCUUUUGCUUCCAAAGCUUUGUGAAUUUACAAAAGAAGUCCAUGUUUACAGAUAGCAUUCAUUCAUACUAAGAAUGCAAAAGAGGUGAGAAUCUGUGCCACCAUGAAUGGCAGCCAUAACGUCAGGGUUUGCCAGCAAAUAUACAUGGACCAUUGUUUAAAAUAUGUUCCCCUAAACUUGUAUAACUGCCUCAGAGAUCCUGCAGUUAUUACCCACAGUCUCACAUUAUGUAUGUGGGUUGUUGGUGUGACCAUUGGGCACUGGAAUGAUACAGAGGUUUCUCUGCAGUAUGUUAAUUUUUUCCCCAGGGUAUCUUCUAUGAAAGUGAAAAUUUCAGCUUACUUUGUGAGGAUAGAGAUCAUGGUUUUCUGGCAUUCUCAGCUCCUCAGCAUGCUGUCUGUGUGGAACAAGCACUUGAUGCAUGUCAGUUGAUCCGUUGGUGUGCUGUAAUGGCUUUUGACAACGGGUACCCUUUAAAUGGUUGCUUCAUUCUUAGGACCAUACUUAGUGCUUUUUUGGUUUUUUCAUUCUUAAAACUCAGGUUUUGCCACUGUAUAUUAAAAAAUUACAGUCUGUGGUAUGCAAGUUAGGGAGAUGAUGUCAAAGGAAGAGACUGUUCCAGGUGUGUAAAGGCCAGUGAAGUGUUAAUAGAGUCUAAAAAGUAACCUGGCUUCCAGUGGAUUGAUCAUCUAACAGAAGAAUUACCUAAAAUCUCUAAGUUUUAACUAGAAGGAGUUCAUUAAUGGAUGGAUCUUAUCCCAUCUCUCUGGAGUGGAUCUGUAGCAAAUAUGGCAGGUGAAGAUUUGAAGAAAGAGUGAUGUGGAAGCAUUGCUAGGAGUGCAAGAAAUCUAAAUGUACAUUUAUUUCCCCCUAAAUGGGAGAGGAAGAGACAACUGCUAAUCCUUUUCAUUUUAUGCAGGUGCAGUGGUUCACCAAAAGUGCCAGGCGCGGUGACCCUAAAGUGCCUGGAAUCCCAGCAUUUUGGGAGGCCGAGGGAAAGAAGAGGCUGUGGUCACAGGUGUUUGAAUUCCUUGGUGGUACAAUCUGGUGGGCUCGGUACAGGAACAAUGUCAAAGAUGAUCUCAGCAAUGAAGAAGAGGCCUUUGGCACCAGCUUGAACAGUCGGAGAUCACAAAUGACAUUAGGGACCCUUAGGAUAAAAAGCAAUGGCCUCCGGGCCCUUCAUUGGUACUUCAAUGCCAAUGAACAUGGCUGUUGUGCUCAGGUAUAACUGGUUUGCCCACACUCUGCUCUUGAGCAUCUGUGUUGUUUGUCCUGGAGAAUAUGAUUUUAGUUGUUGCAAAACCUGCUUAACUAAGAGAUAGACAAAUAUUUAGGUUUCGGCUAUAUGACUAGAUUAGUUAGCCUUGAAGCAUUGGUCUGUUUGUUUAAAUUAUUUUUGGCAUCACUUUGAACUCUUUUCUUCAGUAUGAAAUCAUUUUUCACACACUAUUAAAAUAAGAUCACUGUUUAGUCCUCUGAGCCAAAGCUAAAACUGGCAGCUCUGAUCUAAUGAUCAAAGAAAUAGCAGCUUUUCUCUAAGGAAAAUAACAGCAACCAGAAUAACAAAUGAGUUUGCUGUGUUCAGCCUGGAGUCUCUAAGAUCAGGCCAACUGGAUGCCCUUUUGUGGUUCAGACUUUUCAGAAUGUUCUUGAAGUCUAGUGAAAUAGAGAUAGCUGGAGGCAAAAUGAGUGUCCUUACUUGAAUUUAAAAUAAUUCAUUAAUUCCCAAAAGUAUUUAUUGGUUUCCUUCUGCAUUCCAGACACUGGGAAGCAGUAGUGACUAAGCCCUCACAGAACUUUCAGAGUUUGGUCUUAACCUGGUGAUUUAGUUAAAGAUGCAUAGCCAAUUUUACAUGAUAUUUUUGUUGUAGUUCAUAAAGCCCUCUUUUUUAUUCUUGGAAAAUGCAUUCAAUUUUAGAGUUUAUGACAGAAAGAGAGAUUUGAGUUUCCUUUAUAUGAGACCAAACUCUUCUUUUUUUCUCAUAUGAGAAUAGGAGCUCAGAGAAAUGAGGUGGUUUUUCUAAAGAUAAAUUGUGGUCAUUGGAUUCACUGGGACACAGCUCAUGUUUUCUGACUUCUUUUUCCACAUAAACAAAAUAUGUAAAAGAGAAUAAUCUUUAAAAAAGAUUUGUUUUCAUGGCUUUGACUGAGCAGUGGCAGAGCAGUAGGAAAAAAGGCAGCUCAGUAGACUUUCCUGGAGGAGGAUCCCUAAAAACAAACUCCAAGCUAGGGAGAUUGGUCUGGAGCAUUCUCUAGUAGAAAACAGGCCCUGGGACUCAGCUCAGCCUGAGGAGGUUGUUCAGGCAGUUCUGAGAGUUUAUAAUGUGAGCUAGAUGGAGUUGAAUAUUCUCUAGAUACCCAGAUAAUUGUGGGAUUACUGUUUCUCACAAUCAUGAUAAGAAACCACGCAAUAGCAUGUGAAGAAGUCCCUCUACUGCACUUGUCCAGGGAGAUUGCUUCUGCUUCUGAGUGUCUUUAUGGAAGAUUUUCAAGGAACCCUGAGAGUAGGGUGGGCAAGCUGGCUGGUGUGCCUGGCUUCACUAUGAAGAUCACAUUGACUCCUAUGUUAUCUCUGCUCUGUAUCUGGAGUAAUAGGUGCCCUGAUAUGAAUAGGUACAUAUUUGUUGCUCCUUGCUUGUGGAUGAAGAGUGAACUCUUUAGAGGGUCACUUUUCCCCUGCAUCAUUAAUACCCAUCUGGAUUUGAGUUAUACAUGUCUGUAUAGACAGAACAAAGACUUCUUUUUCAUCCACCCCUAUUACUGCUCCACUAUGUGACCAUGAGUCUCUGUUAAAACAGAAAUAAUGGUAUCUUCUCUGCCUACCUCAGAGGGUAAUACUGAGGAACAGAUUAGAGAAUGAGAAAGUAUAGAAUUUUAUAUAAGCAGAACCAAAAUAUGGUUUAGUAUUCAUAAGAAAUAUAGACUUUGGAGCCAGACUGCUUAGGUCCAAAUCUUGGCUUUUCCAUUGGCUAGCUAAGUAAUCUUAGAAAAAUAUAUUCUUUCCAAAGUUUUCUCUUUUGUAAAAUAGUCAUGAUAAUAUUAUCGUGCUUCAUAGGAUUGACAUAAGAAAUAAUCAAGUUGAAUCAAGUAAAGUGAUCAGAUGAAUACCUGACAUAUAAUAAAGGCACUACAAGUUAGCUGUUAUUACUAAAAUUGUAUGUAGACUUUUUCUUAUAUGGAAAACACACACAUAUCUGUAUGCAUACAUACACACAAACACAUGCAUUCGUACCUGUACAACCAACUAAGAACGUGCACACAUUGUACCCAAGUGGCUUCAGUCUUUUUAAACUUUAAAACAUGCAGUCUUUGUCUUUGUUUUGUUUUUUUGAGACAGAGUUUCACUCUUGUUACCCAGGCUGGAGUGCAAUGGUGCGAUCUCCACUCACUGCAACCUUUGCCUACCCAGUUCAAGCUAUUCUCCUGCUUCAGCCUCCCAAGGAACAGCAUAGAUCGGGGUGGUUGAUGAUGAUGGUGGAGUAAUUACCACAUACAAUGUUGCAGCUGGCCAAGUAAUCGUCUUCCCUAAAAAUAUACUAUACUGGAUAAAGAAUGUGGGGAAUGAAGACUGUUUCUUCUUGCUCUUCUUUUCCAUACAUGAUGAACUUCGGACCUUGGAUGUUGAUGAUGUAUUUUUUUCUGCAACUGAGUCAUUGCUUCCAGGUCACUUAAGGUAGGAACCAUAUCUGAAAACACAUAUCACCCUGAAGGUAUGUAUUACAUGGGCACAAAAAGGGCAUGAGUGUUUGUAACUCUAGGGCAGCAGUUAGCUAAGUCCAGGGGAAAUUGACUAAUAGGUAUAUAUUAUAAUAUAUAAUAUAUAAUAACAGUUGGAUAAAGUACAUCUUAUAUUUCUCCUAAUGACAAAAUCUUGUUGAAACUGAGUUGUUUUAUUUUCUUUUAUGAAAGUUUUCCAUAGGGAACUAUAAUGUAUUGGCAGAAAGAUUACAAUAUAAUUAACAGAAAAUUUGCUAUAAUUUGUAUUUCUGAAGAGUCAUCAAGUCACCCAUUCUUUCUGUGGGAAGAAGUUUGCUAUAGAUAAUGUAAUCAUGUUUUCUUAAUUUCAUACAGAGGAGCACAUACUUUUCCUAAAGAAUUGUAGUUACAGUAUCACUGGGGAGUGCUCACUGAUAGUGCUGGUUGCAGAAGGUAAGGUCUUGAUUCAGACAGUGCAUCGACUGUUGGUGAAGAGAAUUGGUGAUGGCUUAUGAUUGGCAAGUGGAGGGAAGUAAGCUUAGAAAUUUAUAUCAUGAGCAAGCUUAGAAAAUUUAUAUAGUGGUAAACUUAGACAUUUAUAUAGUAAGUUUUUGAGAUCUACCUUUAGUGGAUCCUAGGCUAAUGCUAUGGGGAGAAGUAGAAGAAAUGAGUCAUUAAGUAGAGUAUUGGCAAGUAUGGGAAGCAGUGUGUACAUUUCCAGGAGUUUAUUUAAAAAAAAAAACCAACACAAUUAAACCCCAAAUACAUUGAAAACAAUGGGGAUUUUCAUAAAUAUCAGAAGCCUUAGGCUAAUUAAGUUCAGCUCUUCUGACUAGGACAUGAAAACCACACUGGUGCUAAUGCUACUCUAUCCUCAGCUACCAAACCUUCUAUUACUAAAGUUUGUAGAAUGUUUCAUAAAUAUAUUGUGUGGUUCCUUAUGUAUUUCAGCAUGUAGGUGGAGUUAAUUUCAUUAGAACAUUUCAUAAUCAAAAAUAAGAUCAAGGGGUCAAUGUUUCUUCCAACUUGGCAGAACUCGUUAUGAAAGCUAGUUAUAUGCAGUCCAGGCAGCCUUGUGUGGAGAUUUUCUUUGACAUUAAAGGUGGGCCAUAGUCAAGAGGAAUUUGAAAAAAACACACUUCUCAACAGAGUAGGAAAUUUAAGAAGAGGCCUGGAGGCAAAAGAGAAUAUGACACAGGAUUCCAAAGUAUGAGGGGUGUAUUGGCACCCAGGGGUUCUGCAAGAGAAGCUGGAAUGGAGGAGGAAUCCAAUCAUGCAGGUUUUGGAAGCUGUGCCAAUGAGUUUCUACAGUAAAUUGAUUGAAAAGAGGAGCAAUUGAGGGUUUUUAAAUAAGAGAGCGACAAAUUUAUUUUGCUUUUUAAAGUGAUGACCACUUUGGCUGAAUUGUAGAGAAUGGAUUAGAAGGGGCUAGUGGGAGUCAGGGAAAUGAGUCAGGGGGACUUUUGAAGUCCUUCCAGUAGGGACAAACUGCAUUACAGCAGUUAUGAGAGGGAAAGAAUUGGUGUAAAGCAAAUAAUUUAGAGGUAAAGCAGACAGGACGUGAUCACUGACUGACCUGAAGGGUAAGGUAGAGAUUGGUGUUUAGGAUGACUCAAGUUUUCUAGUCAGGUGCCAUAUAAGAGUUUAUUCUAAAGACGACACUCUAUGUUAGAAACGUCAAGAUAAAUUAGAACGUAGGCUAAUAUCUGGCUGUAUUAGGUUACUACCUUGGGAGCCCAUGCAAUGUGGUGUCAGCCAUUCCUGCUACAGAACUUUUCUGUGAAUAUAGAAGAGCUAUGUACUUUAAUGGGACUAAAUUUGGCUUUCUAUCAAAGUACUAUUUUGAAGUACUUUAUCUUAUUUUAUUGUUAAACUUCAUCUGACUUAGGCUUAAAAAAAUUAGUUUCCAAGAGGAAUAAUACAAAAAGUACAAUAUUGGAAAAAUGGAAGUAAAUUAAGAAACAAUGAAAAAAAUUUAGUAAGUUCCUGAGUCAGGUAAUUGAGAACAUUGUUUUGAUGAGCAUUAGGAUGGAUAAAAUGUGAGAUUUAAAUUGAAUUCAGAAAUCUUUUGGACAAAAGAAAAAGGAAAGAUCCAGUCAAACAUUGGUUGACUUGAUCAUUGUAAUGGUUACUUGAGGCUUCAAUGUGGAUUUAGGAACUAAACUUCUCUGGUAUAGACAGUCAUAUUAAUGAAAAGACUGGAUGCCUGUGAGAGUUCCUUUUUUAUUUUUUAUUUUUAUUUGUUUUUAAAUGCUCAACCGGUUAUAUUAUCUCAUUGCGGUGUCAGAUUCUCUGGGUUCAAAUCCAAAUUUUGCCAUUUCUUAGCUGUGAGAACCUAGGUAAAUUCCUCGACCAACUUGGAUUUUAAUUCCAUCAUGUGUAAGAUGGGGAGAAUAAUACCACUGACCUUAUAAGAUUUGUUGUGAGGAAGCAGCGACAUAAUAAACUUAAAAGACAUAGAAAAUUGCAUAUUCUUGCAUCAGAAUGCCCUCACUUGGACUACAUUCAGAAAUUAUAACAGAAUUAUAAUGGAUUAUAACAGCCACAUUUUUAUUUUAAUGCAAAUGAAAUGCACUAUGUGUUAAGUGGAUGUAGAAAGUUGUUACAACAAAAAGGACUCAGUCCUAACGGCUUUCUGGGCAUAGUUGCUACAGAGAAAACCAUGAAGAUCCUACUAGGUAGCUUCUGAGUUUCAUGAGACAGAAAGAUUCAAGAUGUGCAUGAGAAGAGGCUAAGAAUAUUUCAGAAGUGGUAAAGAUGUUAUCAUGAUGAUGGAGAGUAGGUUUUCAGUUUUACAUCUUCAGGUAAUGCAUAGUGGAAGGUGCCGCCCUUGGGUGAGUGUGAAGUAACAGAUUGCCUCUCAGUGUAAUGUGAGUGUGGGUAGCUGGGGAGACAUGGAGCUUCAGUAGGGUGGCUGUACAUUGCAGUUUGUCUAGGGUACCCCUGAUAUAUACUUGUCUUGGCGAAGUUAUUGAUCACCCUCUUUAACUUUCCAGAAAACUUGGUUUGGAUGAUCAAUUAUAUGGGUACCCUAAGAGAAGCCAAGCUGUGUAGUAUGUUUCUAUAAUGAUUUGACUGUGGUUCCUCCAGAGUUUCAUGGAGUUCCAUGGGGAAAUCAACAAUAGUAUAUACAGAUGAAAUGGGUUUCUCUAGCCUUACCUUUCUUCAUCUUGAAAGAAAGAACUAAAACCGGACUGGAACUUACUCAUUAUGUUACCAUAGCAAAAGUCUUGUUUUAUGUUUUUAGAAGUGAAAGCUUUAAUAAAUUGGAAAAGGGCAUUGUGAUUUUUCACAAAUUAUAUUUCAAGGAUUAGACUUCAUUUUGUUUUGUGUGUGAGCAUUUGUGUACAAAUUUAGUCUUUAACUUUUUUAAGGAAGAUUGUUAGGAUGCUGCUAUUCUAGAAGGAUGACUUUUCCCAAGCAGAGGAAGCAAAGGGAGGCAUGGGGGUGGUAAAACACUGAAAUGUAAAUCUUCUGCCUGUUGUGUCAGGGAACAUCAUUUGUAACCCUUAAUUAGAACACAGUGAUUGAUGCCCUUUUUCAUGAUGCUCUAUGUAUUGAACUCACUCAUACAUUUUAAGGAGCAUUUACUUUAAUAUCUUUUCAUUUUUGUGGGGCUAGGAGAUUUUAUGUGAAAGAUGACCUCUACCUUCCCCACUUUCUCUUACUAAGAAGUUCCUGUAUAAUCAUGUGCUUUUAUUCAUCUGUUCUUCACUAAUAAUACUUAUUCUUAAUGAAUAUGUGAUUGAAUAAUGAAUUGGAUUUUCUGAUGGUAUCUAUAUAAUUGAUCAUCUAAACUAGGCUCUCUGGACAGUCAAGAGGUAUGAUCAAUAAUUUCACCAAGACAACAAGUAUACAUUGUAUUUGCUUAAAGUUAAGUAAACAGUAUUUUCUUCCCUUAGGUAGGCACUAUUGGCACUUAGGGUACAAUAGAAUUCAACAUUCAUAUUGGAGAUGUGAUAUUUUUCACUGUUAGAACCCAGCACUACAUUAAAAGCACAUGUGAUUAGGAUUUGCUUUUUAUUCUUGCCUUCAAACCUGAAGACCAGGUGAGAAUAAGCCAGUUAGAGAGAGAUUGCCAAGUGUCAGUGUUCUUCAUAAUAUUCUGCUAAGCAAUGUGUCUGGACCAAAGGGAGCCCUCAUUAAAUGUCUAUUAAAUGAAUAAAUUAAUAAACUGGAUGAAUCAACAUGUGAACAGGAGAAUUAAAUAGUCUUCUCAUUUCUUUAUAAAGGGAUCCAAUAUAUCACAUUCUGUCUUAAUGUUCCAAAUUUGGAACCCAGAAAAAGGAUCAAAAUGUCAAUAUAUACAGAUCUAUGAAAUCACUUUUAUUAGUAAUAAGUCAAGUUUUAGAGAAUGUACUAAUAUUGUGGGCAGGUGGUUUCCAGAUAGUGGUCCCCAGAAUUGGAUAGACCUCCCCAUGUUGAGGCAGGUUUUUGUAUACCUUAUGGCAUAAAGUAAAAGAGCAUACUCUUGGAAGGUUUGCUAGCUCCCAAGGAAAAAGGGGUAGGAGAUGAAGUGAGCAUGCCCAACUUUUUCUUUUCAAGUGUACUUGAGGGGGGAAACUCAUGGGGAGAGGAAAAAAAAGAGAAAUGGAGUUUCUUCUAUAUGAAGAGAAACUUCAGGAAUAGUGAAGUAUCAUUUCUUCCCUUUCAUUCUUUAUUUUAAGAAAUCUAUGAUGACCUGUGUAUACAAAACAUAGACUAAGGUAAAUUGUUCACUGCACUAAAUACUUAUUUGCUUUAAAAAAAAUCACCCCAUAGGCUCCUUAAUUAGAUGAAAUAAUAGGUUUGAGAGACAAGGAUUUACUGUGGAAUUUAGAUUUGAAAAAUCCUUAGGACGAGGUUGCCUUUUGAGACUGGGUGGGAAGUAAAACAGUCUGAUUUGGGAUCCCUGGGGUGAGUCCAGGAAUAGACAGGCAUUUCUCUUGGCUGUGGUUCUUCCUACAAGGAGAACCACCAUGGCCUCCAGGGAGGAGCACAGAUGAAUUCUGCAGUCUCUUCAACAGGGCCUAAGCCCAAAAGUGCAUCUGAUCUUGGUAAUACUCAUUUUCCAGAAUGAUGCCCUCCCUUCCUUGAGGGAGACUGGCAAUUUAUAGCCCUCGGGUCUUAAAACCUUCCUGAGUCUACCUGGUGAGAGGUUUAUGGAGAGUUGUAUGAGAAAGAGUGGAACUUUGGCUGUAGAUGUUGUUGGCAGGGGAUGGUGGGGAGGAGGGAUUCUGGUGACCCCUAAUUUUGGUGUGGGUCUCACUGCUACUGCUGCCCUCUUGGUCAUCAUUCUCAAUGGCCAUUAUAAGAACAAAUCAUAAAGCAAAAUCAGAUCAAAUAAAAUCUAAAUAAGAAAUGAAAGGAAAACUCAAAGAGAGCAAGUUAAAGUUUAAAAAGGAGAGAAUAAAAGAGAAUUGAAAAAUGAAUAGAAUAAAAAGGUUAUGUAUGUGCAAAAUAUGACAACGGUAAAAUGUUACAAAUCGAAAUUAAUAUAGAGGUAAAAUAAACAAGAUUUAAUGUGACAUGAAAGGCUAAUACCAAUAAAUUAAAGCUUAAAAAUACAAAAGUAAGAUAAAAAUGACAAUUGAAAACCAUUAAAUACAAAACCCGAAUUACAGAUUACAAAUCUUUUAAAAAGAGAAGUGAAAUAGGGAGUUUUCAAAUGAAAGAAAACAAGAAGUGAUUUACAACAGGAAAGAAAUAAUUGAAUCAGAAUUUGGGGGUAGAAGUAAUUUUUUCACUCCUCACCUACCCUCAGGAAUGUCUGAUUUUCACCUUGAUGGAGGAUAGUACCCCUCGCCCCCCAUCAGAGCCCAGCUCAUGGGAAGACAGAUGGUCCUGCUCCAUCCUUAAGGAGAAUCACCUCCCAGUAGGACAGAGGUUCCUUCUAAAAAAGUUUCAGAUGCUUCAGCCCCUCUAGUCAUCAGACUUUCCCUACCACACAGAGUUGAAAAGCUGCAAACCCUUGACAUGGAUGAUUAUAUCCAGGCUACAGCUGACCACAUCUUGGCCCAGCUUUUCUUCAGGAAGCAAAAUGAAUUUAACAAGAGCCAUCGAUUUAAGGAGGACCAGAUAAUCAACCUGCCUUAGAGUUGCUGGUCUUGGAGACAACUUACACAACCGCAGGACCUUGAAGUUGGGAUUGGAGAACAGAUUUCCCACAGUCCAGCCCAGAGGAGGACUGCUGGGAGACAGCUGCAGGCAGAUUCGCCCAAUGGGAGCAGCCAAAGCUAAGCCCCUCGGCAUGCAGGGUGAGGAGACAGUGUCAAAGAUGUGAUGUUCUGCUGGGAGGAUUACUAGCCUCCCAUCAGUCCUUUCAGCCAGUCAUGAAUGUAUCCACACAGAACAGUCCUGUCAGCAGCCUAAUUCCUUCACAGGAGAAGAAAUGAUAGAUCCAUGUAGGUGAGGUAAGGCUAUGCUUCUUAUAUUCUCGGUUGUAAAGAACCUGCACUUCUGGAAUCGUCUUUGUAGCAAGUAGGUACUGUUUAGUGGUUGAUUUGCUGCUGACUUGCACAGGAAACUCGGUCAGCUUGUGGGCCAGCCUCUGAGAUUGGAGCUGCGAGGAGUUUCAUACAGUAGAUUUGAGGGAGAGAUGGAAGAGAUCAGGGAACCAGGCCACUGAUAGAAGACUCAAAUGCAGAGGAGGUGGGAUCAACUAAGGUAGGGGAGUUGUCAAGGCUGAAUUGUGGUUUCUGCUGCCUAUGGUGAGGAUAACCAGAGGUAAACAAAUGUGAACACCAAAAAAGGGUCAGGGCUUACCAUUUAGAGUGGAACAGACCAUUCCCCAUGCAUAAGCUCUGACCUUGUCUUUCUUAAUCUUGACAUUUAAAAACCCAGUAGGGACUGAGAAUAAAUAUUUUUCUUUAGAAGGGAUAAAUGUGUUAGUCAGCAUCUCUCCAAUUGACUCAAUCAUGAAAAUCACCUGAUGAGUUUUUUCAAACCCACAAAUUUCCAAAAUCUAUCUCAGUUGUGCUAGAAUCAUGAUCAUCAGGGGAAAGGCUGGUCUGGAAUUUUGACUUAUUUCCCAAGCGCCUCAGGUGAUUUUUAUAAUCAGACUAGCUUGGGGUGCACUGGUGUGGCAGGAAGGGCUCAGGACGGGAGACCAGAAGGUGUAAGUUUGAAUCUGGGCUUUAAUGCUCACUCAUUAGGAGGUCUUGUAGGAGCAAUAUAGCAUCUCUGAACCUCAGUGUCCUCAGAUGGGAAAAGGGCAUCCUGUACUCCCUACCUUAUUUGCUUGUGAAACACAAAUGACUGAAUGUGUGUGGGAAUACAUGGGAAUCACAACUGUUGAUUGUAAAAAUUGACUGUUUUCCCAACAGUUAAUAAGAUUAGUUACUCAUACAGUACAAGACUUCCCAUUGACUUGUGGCAUAUUUUGGAAGACGUUUAUUUAGGUCAAAUCACUUACAAGAUGACAGAAGGAAGGCUUUGUUUCAUGUCUUGGCUUUGUUUCAUGCUCAUCUCCCCACCACUCAGCAUGCACUGUGAGAGGACUUUGUUUCUUUGGGGGCUUCUUGGGCUACUGUCGCUGCUUUCACGGCCCUCUGGAGAUUUGUGAAACCUGGAGAUCAACCCCACAGUCCGAAGGAGCUCAGUUGUCUUUUAUCUCCCACUGAGGGUGGGAGGCGAGCAGUGUACGUGCUCACCUCCCACAAGAACGGAAUGAAGUGAGACCACCUGAUAGAUAGCUAGAUGGAUGUGGGAAGGAAACUAGACAUCAGAAGGAACGUGGGAUGAAGUGAGACCACCUUUGGUCAGCCACAUUUAUUCCAGCGCCAAGAAGAGAAGUUACUGGUCAGGAAAUGCCUGAUGUGUAGGUAUGUGUGUGAAUAUUUAGUUAAAUAAGUAUACGUAUGUGAAUAUUUUUAAUUAUGACCAUUGUUGAAAAAAAUCAGUGUACCGAAAACACAAAGAGGAAAACAGAUUAUUUGUAAUCUCAUUACCCAGAGCUAACUAUUGUUCAUAUUUGGUGUAUAUGUUUCCAUGCCUGUCUAUCAAGUAAAAUUAAGACUUUUUAAAAACCAUUUAUUUUUCAGAUAAUGUAGCUUUGAUAGUUUUCCAAAUUAAUAAAUACAGAUUCACAUCAUUGUUUUUAAUGUCUGACUUCUAACAUAUGGUGCACUACAGCCUCAAACUCCUGGGAUUAAGUGAUCUUCCUGCCUCAGUUUCCUGAGUAACUCCUCUUUAUUCUUAAUGACAUUCUUUGUCAGAAGUUUACUUUGCUUAAUAUUAAUAUAGCUAGCCUAGAUUUAUUUGAUGAAUAUUUGCAUGAAAUGCUUUUCUCCAUCUUUUUAGUUUUAGCUUACCUAGGUGUUUAAAGUUGCUUUUUGUCACUCAGAGUCAGCCCUUCAUAUUCAUGGCUUAUGCAUUGUGAAUUCAACCAACCAUAGAUCAAAAAUUUUCAGGAAAAGGAUGAUUACUUCUGUACUGAACACAUACAGACAUUUUUCUUAUUGUUUUCUAAAUAAUACAUUAUAAUAACUAUUUACAUAGCAUUUACAUUGUACUAGGUAUUACAAGUAAUCUAUAGAUUAUUUAGGGGGAAUGUAUGUAGGCUAUAUGCAAAUACUAUGCCAUUUUAUAUAAGGGUCUAUGGCAUUUAAAUAAAUGCCAUCCAUGGAUUUUGGAAUUUGAAAAGGCAUGCUAGAACCAAUUCCCCAUAGAUACCAAAGGGAAACUGUACAUAGUUUGGUCUUGCUUUUUAAUACAAUCUGACACUCUGUCUUGUAACUAGUGUAUUUAGGGGAGACUUGACAACUUUUUCUGAAAAGGACCAGAGAGUAAAUAUUUUCUCUUUUCUAAGUGACGUGCUCUCUGUUGUAGGUAAUUAGCUUUGUCACUGCAGUGUACUGCAGCCAUUGACAACAAGCAAACGAACAGGCAUGUUGGCCCUGGUCCAUGGUAGGUCACCAUGUAGGCCAGACUUGGCCAUCAGGUCAUAUAGUUCGCUGACCCCUUGUUUAGAACUUUCAAAGUAUGUUCUUUGAUAUCCUUAGUUCUCUGAAGAUCAGCCUGGCUCUUCUACUUGUUGCCAGCUAAUGACUUUAUUCCUAAAAUGUGGAACCGUGAGUUGCUGUUCUGCAUCUGCCUGUUUUCCCUCACUCUUCUUUCUCUUACAAAUCCUGCUUUCCCUUUGUUAGAUAAAUCAAUCAUUUGAUUGGUUUUAUUUAUGUGCCAAUAAAACAGCUUGAUAACAAGUAUCUAUCUUUAGGUUAUUCUCUGUCAAUACCCUUUUUGCUUCUUGAGAACACUUUACUAUUUGGUUAGAGACCUUUUGAUAGUCAUAGAAUUUGAGAAUGAGACUGAUCCUUAGCCAACCUAAUUUUGCUGGUCAUGUUUGAUUAUUUGUUGAUUCAUAUAAUUAUUAUAUUUGUGUAUUUCUUUAAUCAUUAAUUAAUACAACAAAGAACAAAUAUUUUGAAUUUAGGCACUGUACCAAAUGCUAGAAAUAUAAACAUGAAUAAGACUUAAACUUGCCCUUAGGGAGAGCUUUUUCUUUCUUCAACAUCUUUCUAGCUUAAUGUGUGGUCUUGCUGCCUUGCUCCUGCUGCAAAUAAUAUAAAUGAGUGUGGCUUUUCCCUUACAAUAUGUAUCCAAAACAUAUUCAUUUAUUAAUUCACACAUUAAUGAAUUAACCAUUACAAAAAGUACUGUGAAUUCUCACAAGAAAAAUUGCUCAAUUGUAGCAGAUUAUAUAUUUAUAAUUUCUGUUCAAAGUCAUCCAUUGUGUUAAGUCUAUGAUGUUUUAUUAGACUUUCUGGUCCCAUACUAUGUGUUUAGUUCAUAUUUAAAACAUACAUUUGAAAAAAUCUAUUUACUUUAUUGGAAUUGCCCACAUCCUCUUCAGAGAUCACCACCACCACCACCAAAACCUCUGUGUUUGUUCCAGGAAAAAUAAGAACACUGGAAUAAAUUUUAAUUCUUUUAAAAAAGAAAAUAUUAUGCUUUAGUAAAAUGAACUUUUACUUCCUAAUUUCAAGUUGCUUACAAGCAGUAAUAUUUGUCAGAAACUGUUAUGAUAUGCUUUCUCAUGUUAAAAAAUGUAAGCAGAAGAACCAAAGGAGUUUACUAAACAGAAUGUCAAUAGAAACCCAAAAUUUCUUUCAAGUUUCUGGCCUUCCUGGCUAGAGAAGCACCUUAAACCAGGGUAUGAGAAUUACUAAAUAGAAUCAACAACUUGUCCAAACAGUCAUCUAAAAUUCUGGAAGGAUAGCUUCUUGGAGAUUUAGACACCUCUCCAAUUCUCUCACCAGUGAGAGAUGAUAUCACUAUUUUAUUUUUAUAAAGAAAUGUGCUUUCUGAGCUGUGAGCCUCUAUCUCAGUAAAUCUCUGAGCAUUCUCAACAAACUAAUCAGUAAUAAUUCAGACAUAUUGCUCAAUAGAGACUAAACUAACCUUGUGAUAGAUACUGUGAUGGCCAUGUACACUUACUCUACCCAGUAAAGUUGCUUUUAUCUUUAACCCCCAGCUUUCUCUUUCCCUUUUUGUCAGCUCUUUCUUCUCAGCAUACGAGUUUUCUCAAGUCUCUUCCAUGUUAAUAAGACAAAACACAGAACCCUCAAUAACUUCUUUUGACUCUGUGACUUCCUCUCUAUCCCCCUUCAGUUGCUUCCACAUACUUUCUUUGCAGUCAAGAUUCCAGAAUAUGUCAUUUACAUUCUAGGUUCAUUUUCUGUGAUUAGCACAUCCCAUUACAUUUUGGUUUUGCUCCAUCACACAAUUAAAAUUGCUCUUACUGGAGUUGUUUCCACCUCCCGUUUGACACUUUCAGUAAUGAUCUUAGUUUACUUCGUGGGGCAUUUGACAUUGUUCACAAUGCCCUCAUCCCCCAAUGCCUUUAUCUUUCCUGGCUACUUGAGCAACACUUUCUCUGGGUUUUCUUUCUACUUCUUUGGUUGCUGCCUCUUACAUUUCCCCUAGCAUAUUUUAAAUUUGCCUGCCUCUGAAAAAUGUAAGAGUUACACUUCCAAAGAGUAGAGCUAAAAAGUGACUUUAUAGUGGAGAACCUGACAAAAACUACCUAACCUUUAAGGCUCAUAGCCCCAAUUAUGUCAUGCACGCAUCAGAUAUCCCUGAAAUGCUGUGAUGAGAAAGGGUGCUUUACCUUUACGGGAUAUUCUUUCCAAAAACCUAUAACCCCAUCUAAUGGUAAGAAAAAUACAUGAGGCAAACCCAAAUUGAGGAACAUUCUACAAUACCUAGCCAGUACCCUCAAAGGUAUUAGCUCAUUUUUUUAAAAGGAAGAUGAAGAAAAUGUCAGAGACGAGAAAAGACUAAAGGGACACAUUAACUCAAUGGAGUGUGGAAUCCUGAAUUUGAGCUUGGAACAGAAAAAGGACAUUAAUGAAAACCUGGUGAAGUCCAAAAAAAGGACAUUAAUGAAAAACUGGUGAAAUCCAAAAAAGGUCAUCUAGAAUUUAGCUAAUAGUUAAUUUUGGUUUCUUAGACUUGGCAAAGAUACCAUAGUAAUGUGAGAUGGUAUAUUUAAGGAAAUGGAUAUUGGAUAUAUUUGAAAAUCUUUCUACUAACUUUAUACAUUUCUGGCAAAUCUAAAAUUAUAUUAAAUCAAUGUUUUAUUUUUUUUAAUGUAAGAAUCUUAGGCUCCUAUUAUAUUUCAAUUGUGUAUUUGAAUGUUCCUUAUUGAGACACUGAACCUUUGAAUAAGGUUAUUUAAAGCUAUUGGUAGCAGAAGGCUAAUUUGAGACAAAAUAUUUGGGGAGGCAUUUCAUGGGCCAGGGAGAUUAAAAACAACUUACGCUCAAAGCCAGAGGCAAAAUAGGGUGUUAGAAUGUCAGAAUCAUGCAAAGUCAGAGUGUGAACAGGUCAGAAAUUAAAAAAAAAAAAAAAAAAAAAGAGAGAAAUGCAAUUGCUAGGAAAGUCCUUGGGAAUAUUUUAACUAGUAUAACCAUAGGGCUGUCUUUUAAA